UGGGUGUACCCUCUUAUUGGCAAGUACUUGAUUUCCAUGACUAUAAAAAGAGGGCAACUAGGCCAUGUCUUGUGCAAGUGCAUAGUUACACAUAACACAUUCAUACCAAAGACACUCCAAGAGUUAAGUAAAAUAAUGGCUAUGUCACCAAACAAGCGCUUACUCCUUGUUGCUUUUCUGUUGCUUUGCUUCAUCACCAUGACAGCUAGUGCCAGAAGUUUGCGAGAGAUUAAGGAUGAUGCAGUUAAGAAGAGUACUCAAACUAGUUUCUUUAAGCCAAACCAUGAAGGGGCAGAAGACAGCAAUGAUGAGUUGGAUACAAUGGAUUACACACCUGCAAAAAGGAAUCCGCCAAUCCAUAAUUGAAGUUCUUUUUCUUUUCUUCUUGUCUUAGAAAAGGAACCGAUAUUCCACAGUGCUUAACUACUCUGCAGUGGAUCUAUCUAGGACCUUCAUGUAUAUUGUAUAGAUAUUGUUUGAAGCUAGGAAAUCCACACUUAAAUUAUCGACUUGUGUUAAGAAAACACCAAUCUAUCUGUUGCCAAAUCAUAUAUUCAGAACUCGUGUAAAUGGUUUUUGAAGCCAUAAGAAUAUGAGGGGAGCAUACUAAUAAGAGUUUUCAAAAUUCAAAGUGUUAAGCAGGCACCAAAA